AUCUUAAAUGUCAAAAUUGUCAAACCAAAUGUCAUCCAGUGUUUGAGGUUGUUUGUUUGUUAUUGGCUUUUAAUCUACAUUUAUCUUGGUGAAAAUAAGUGUUAAUAAAUAGCAAAAUAAUGUAGUUAUAUAGUGUUGUAGGAGUGCCUUCAAACUUACCAGUGACCCGUGCUUAAAGUGGCGAAAUGGACAACUUGUCAGAAAAACUGUUAGAAUGCUUUGGCCAUAGAAAAUUUAAGAGUGAACUUCAAGAACGCGCUAUUAGAGCAGUAGCAAGAGGUGUUCACGAUGUGUACAUAUCAAUGCCAACGGGGUCGGGCAAGUCCCUGUGCUUCCAGCUGCCCGCCAUGCUGGAGGUCAACAAGGUGGCCAUCGUCUUCUCCCCGCUGCUGGCCCUCAUAAAGGACCAGAUCGACCAUCUUGCCAAGUAUAAAAUACCAGCAGAAUCCAUCAACUCUAAAAUGACAGUAAAAGACCGGGAACGGGUGCUAAAUGACCUGCACAGUAUGAAGCCAGAUACUCGCUUUCUCUACAUCACACCGGAGCAGGCUGCCACCACAACAUUUAGGUCACUGAUGGAGCAUUUGAUAAAAUAUAAGAAGGUGUCCUAUGUGGUGGUAGAUGAGGCUCACUGUGUCAGUGAGUGGGGCCACGAUUUCAGACCUGAUUACCUAAAGCUUGGAGAGCUAAGAGAGAAGUAUAGAAGUGUCCCAUGGGUGGCGCUGACUGCUACGGCUAGUACGGAAGUUGCCAAGGACAUCAUGACUAACUUGAAGCUACUGACACCAGUGGCACAGUUCAAGACACCAAGUUUCAGAAAGAAUUUGUUUUAUGAUGUCAUCUAUCAGAACUGCAUACAGGAUGAAGUGGGUCAUUUGAUGGAGUUUUUAAAGAAAAGCUUAGGGACAGAUGAUCCCAACAUGCCAAAUGUGAAACCUAAAGACAAGAAUGCUGUUAUAGUGUACUGCCGCACAAGAGAACAAACUGAAGAUAUCUGCAAUAUGUUGAACAAAAGAGGCUUGUCAGCCCUCGCCUAUCAUGCAGGUCUAAAACAAUCAGAGCGAGUCAGCGUACAAGAGCGGUGGUCGGGCGGCGAGGUGCCGGCGGUGGUGGCCACCGUGUCGUUCGGCAUGGGCGUGGACAAGGCGGGCGUGCGCGCGGUCGCGCACUGGGGCGUCGCGCACAAUGUCGCCGCUUAUUACCAGGAAUCAGGGCGCGCGGGGCGAGACGGCAAACCGGCGUUCUGUCGCAUAUACUACGACCGAGCUGAGAGGAACACGGUGGACUUCCUACUCAAGAGCGAGAUGGGCAGAGCCAAGACGCCCGAGCAGAAACAGAGAUGCAAGAACUCGUAUGAUAGCUUCUCCAUCAUGGUCAAGUACUGUGAGGAGGUCAAAUGUCGCCACAAGACCUUCGCGGAUUUCUUCGGCGAGGAGCCCCCCUCCUGCCUGGCUCGCUGCGACGUGUGCACGGACCCGCGCGCCGUGCAGAGGGCAUUAGACCAGCACCAGCGCAGGGCCAUGUCCGCUACUCUGAACAGGGGGGGGUUUAUUUCGAACGGGGUGGAUCAUAAUGAUCUGUAUGGGGAAGGAAGAUAUGGGCAGAAGAAAGAGUCCGAGCAAUACGACAACGGCGACAGCUCAUCAGACGGCGAGGACAGCCGGCGCCGCGUCGCUCAACAGACCAGCUCGCUCAUACAGCAAGAGUUCGCCAGCCGCAGGAAGGGGAAGGGAGGGGAGGGGAAGAAGGGGGAUGACGCGGAGUCCGCCAAGUGGGCCAAGGUGCGCGCCGCUGAGAGCACGGGGGUGAAGGUCAACGGCCUAACCAUCCCCGGGCGCGAGGGCUACCUGUCCCUCCUAACCGACGCACUCCACGCCAACCUCACAAACAUGGCGGGUCUGGACGAGCCGUCUCACCCGGGCGGGCUGGCGCGGGACCAGGUGGAACAGCUGGCCGUGGACAUGGAGUAUGAAGCGUUUACUGGGAGUACGGUGGUCAGCUUGUAUAGACGGAGUGUUGUUAAGAUGAUAUCAGCAGUAAAGGCGUGCAAGGAGCACCUGUACCCUCCCCUCAAGGAGUUCUCCCCGCGCAAGCGAGGCACAUUACACGAGUUCGUGCGAGAGUAUGAGCAGGCACGGAGCCAGGAGCAGGCGGCGAAGUACCCGGGUUUCAUGACUGCUUCGGAGCUGGAGAGAGGAGCAUCAUCAGAAACUAAAAAUGAAGCAACUGAGCUGUCGAAGGCAGAAAAGGAAACUAAACGUAAAGCUAACUCCUUCAGAAGGGAUCCACUUACGCAAACUAAACUUAAGUCCUUCUUCACAAAGGCCUCAGAAAAGUCUGCGUCCAACUCACCAAAUGUGGACAGCGAGAGUUCCAACGGAUUCGGUGACGCUAAUGAUGAUUCUCAAGGACUUCCCGAAAAUAAUCCAGCAGACCAUCACCUCAGUAAUGAAGAUUCUAAUGAUAAUGAACACAGUGGUAAAAGAAUAUUUAUUAACAUCACAUUGCAAGGCGUGAAAAAAGAGAUAGAGAUAAAAAAAGAAGAUAAAAGAGGUAAAUCAAGUAAACAUGAAGAUAGAAGAAGUGACGGUGAAGGCAAACAUAGUAAGCGGGAAGAAAACAAAAGAAGUAGCGAGGAUAAGAACAGUAGUAAACACAAACAUCACGAAGAAAAAUCAUCAAGAUCUCAUAAAGAUGAAAAAGAUACUAAAGGUAUCUCUAAGUCGGCUGAAAAAUCUCCAGUGAAACCAGUGGCUAAGAGGAAGAUUAAAGCACUGUUCGGUGAUUCAUCCGAAAGUGAAACCGAGGAAAUGCCAGUCAAAAAGCCCAAAAAUGAAGAUGAAAAAUAUAAGCCACACAACGAAUCUCAUCAUCAUUCUGAACAUAAAGAAAAAGACAAGCAAAAGAAAAGUAAACACGAAACUGACAGCAAAGAUAAACAUAGUAAACAUAAUGAUAGCAAGAGUAGUAAAUCUAAACACGAAGAACAUAAAAGUAACAAAAGUAAACACCAUGAACAAAAGCCUACUAAACAUAGACAUGAGGAACACAAGAGCGAUAAAAGUAAACACGAAAAGCAUAGCAAUGACAAAGAAAACAACAAUAACACGAAGGAGGAUAGAUCAGAAAAAGAUACAAAGUUACCGUCUAUCAGUAAAGACGAUGCUAUGUUUGGAGACAGUGGCAGUGAGUCAGAUAGGGAGUUGAUGAUAGAUUUAGGUGACGCUGAAGAAAUAAAUGACUCAAGAAAGAAGGUGAAAGUCGAAGAUCCUGAUGCCACUGUCGUCAUAGGAAAUAUAUCCACUGCAGAUACCGAGAAACUUAAUGAUUCAAUAGAUUCUAAGUCUUCAGAGCCAAUGGAUGUUACAGAAAUAAAGAAACUGGACAAAGCAAUAAAAUUAAGUGAAGAGGCUGAUAAAGUUUUGGAAAAAUUAAAGCAGUUCGCAGAAUUGCCUCCAGAACCCAUAAUUGUGAAACAGGAAGUUAAAACGGAAAAACCAACUGAUAAAGUGGACAAAUCUACGAAAGCACAUGAAUCCAAAAGUUCUAAGCAUAAAAGUAGGUUAAGUUUGAGUGGUAAAGAUAAAGAAAGACAUCACAGAUCAGACAGAUCCAAGAUUGACUCAGAUAUACUAGAAGUAAGUAAAGUGACUAAAAUUGCGGAGGAAAAAGAUGCGAAGAAAGAUAAUAAAGAGAAAAAGACGGAGAAACUAGACAUGGCCAGUCUGGUGGUGAAAUUGCUCAUGCCUUAUUACAAGAAGCAGAAGAUUAGUACACGGGAGCUGUUCAAGAUAACCGCGCGGCACAUCGUGCAUCAGCUGCUCGCGAUACAAGUUACUGAGGAAACGGCUAUCAAAAUGUUACUCAAAAGUACAUUCAAAAAAAUUAAAAUAGAAAAGGAGGCGGACUUAGCGGCUAAGAUAAAUUUAAAAAAUGUUUAAUUGUUAUAAAUAUUUAUUACUCAUGAAUUCAUGACUGUUUGCGGUGUGUAAAUAACAUAAAAUAAACUUUUAUUUUAAAAUCAA